CUGGCCCUGCUGCCUAGUGCAGGUCCAUUGCUUCCUGCAGCCUGGCGGUCGUGCAACACACGUGGCCUUCAAUCGACAGUCGAGUCGACACCCACUCUAUUCUUCGCGCGCUCCACCCGAGGAUCGGACAUACAUUAUAAGCUGCUGGGUGUUGGGAAGACAUGAAAUGACCACUUCUCUGCCGAGUGGCACAGCUCUUGAGGGGUUUGUGUGCCUCUCAAGUUCCUCUUCAGCAACUUUCAGAAGGCCGCUGUCAUCCUGCGGUGAUACCAUGUACCAGCGACUUGUACGUACCUUCAGGCAGGGGACCCAUGGGCCAUGAACGCAAGGCAAUACCUUGAAGCUUCCUAACCGUCGGCAAAACGGAGAAAAGACAGUGCAAGCUCCAAAUAUUUCCAGACGGCCGCGUAGCGCUGACAGAGCGUGUUUGACAAGGUGCCAUCAACGUAACAUUUAAUACUAAUGCCUGGUAUUGGUAUCAUGAAGCUCGCUCGCCUCUCGGAUAGGAGCAAGGACCUUGCUCUGGUUCGUUGCACAUCGGACCCAGAACGGAACUGUGACAGAGCCGCAACCGGAGCCGGAGAGGAAAGACGAGGAAUUCAAGCCAGCCUUGCUGUCACCCGCCUGCGGCCGCGCAGCAGAGACUCCAGUCCGCGCAGCAGGGACGCCAGUCCGCUCAGCAGAGACACCAGCCCUAGUCCGUUAUCAACCCAUGCGCUGGCCCGCAUGAAGUCCCGUCUCCGCACCGACACUAGCGCGCAGAGGCAGAAAGCCUGGCGCAAGGAUGGCGAGCAGCAUCAGUUCUUCUCCAUAUCCGUGGAGAGUGAUGUUGGGCCUGAGAAACGGUUCACCUGCCCAGCUGACAAGGACCUUCAGAUGCGCUCACAGGUGGGAGCGGGUUGGUCGUCGCUGGGCCAGUCGGACAGCCUCGGAUCAACGCUGCACGAGUCUGAGUGGGAGAGCAUUCGCCAUGCCCUAGCCAAGGCGGAAGCCUUCGAGCAGCUGGAGCAGCGGCGGGUUGGGCGGUUGAUCAGUGAAGUGAAGCAACUCAAGGUACAGCGGAAAGCGCGCAAUGCACGGGACAACCAGUGUCACAACUGUGGCUUUGUGUUUUCUGGCUUGGCAUGGCUUAUGUCCGUGGGCUUCAUCUUCUGUGAAGGCUGUAAGAAGUGUGUCUGCCAGAAUUCCUCGUGUAUAGCAUCAAUUCAGUCACGCAAAGGCAAUACUCGCUGGCUGUGUCUGCUGUGUAGCAAGCUGAUUGAUGUGUGGAGAAAGGGUGGUGUCUGGUUCUACAAGAACCUACCUUCGUAUGAUGCUGUGGACAAAGAGACAAUCAGCCGAUUGACCCCGUUGCUUUUCGACGCCAAGAGCGCGCCCGAACGGACAUCCACUUCACCGCUAUCCAAGCCCAGAUCCCGACACAGCCAUGGUCUGGGGAGGAAGAAGUCGUCCACAGCAGAACACCUGGAUCACCCAGUGGUAUUGGCUCAAAAAUCGGCGAGCCUCGGUCGAAAAACCUCUCGACCACUGCGACGAGAGCGAGGCAACAAACUGUAUGACGCAACAACAUCCCCGCCAGGCGUCAGUGAGCGGCGUCGCACGACUGACCCGUCCGUGUCCGUGCGUAGCAACGGCAGCACUGCCAGCAACGCCAGCUCCACUGGCAAUCGGCCCAUGCGGCACAUGGCACACAAGGUCACUGCCACCACCGCCGUUGCCGCCGCUCACCACAACCCGGCGGCUCGUGGCCUGGACGAGAGUGACGGCAGUGACCGCGGACUCGGUGCGGACAAGGACAGUCUGAGCAAACACAUCAGCCUGACAGCUCUGGAUCAGGUAGGACUGUUGUCGGGUGCCUAUCCUGGUGGAAACCUCAGCCGGACAAACCCGGAUGAUUCCGAAGGGGGCGCCAGUGUGGUUCUGCCCGCCACGUUGACGCGGACUGGUGAAGAUGUGGAAGGCUUCAGACAAAAGGCCCACUCGAUGGCAGGAAGUGAGCUGAUCAAGCCGCGUAGAUUGGUGGAGACCGGCCGUGGCAAUCGCAAGUCCUUGCCACCCCAGAGGCAGCUAAUGGGAUUGACAAGAAUGGGGUCGCUGCCCAUUGAUGGGGCUGGCCUGCACAGAGAUCUAAUCAAGAGAAAUCAAGCACAUGUCCUUGUACCGGAUGAAGACCUGCCAGGAACUGCCCAGGGUCUUGAGGCUAGCAUGGCUAGCGCGGAGGCAUCUACACAGCGCCCGAUCCCUUCAAGACAAGCCCCUAUAGAUGAAUCGGACCUGGAUGUAUUUGGUGGUCACGAGACCAGCAAGAAGGCGUCCAGAUCAUCCAGGAAAGGACCCAAAAGAGACCUGGGCAAUGUGGAGUUCUCCAUUCUGUACAAGGGCUAUGAAAAUGAGCUGCACAUCACUAUAAUCCGCUGCAAGGACCUCAUUGCUAUGGAUUUUCAUGGUACAUCAGAUCCUUUCGUCAAGUUGCAACUUCUUCCCCACCACAACAAGUCGAGCCGGCCAUCAAAGUACGAGACAAGCGUGAAGAAGCGAACUCUCAAUCCGGAGUACGAUGAGUCCUUCGUCUACUAUGGAAUAGAGAAAGAUGAAGUUCAUCACUUGAUCCUAAGACUAAUCGUGUACGAUUACGACACGCUGACGACGAACGACUUUCUCGGUGAGGUGGUGUUCCGAAUGUGUAGCCUGCAGAACGAUGUGCUGAUGACGUACUGUCGGGAGCUGGAGCUGGCACCAAGGUUGCGUGCAGAAUCCAUCAUUGCCACUUCACUACAUGUUCAAAACACUGGCCUCGGCAAGCUGCUUGUCUCUAUCUGCUACAAGGCCGAUGACAAAGAGCUGAGAGUUGGAAUAGUACGUGCUGCAGGACUUCCAGCGGUUGAUAUUCUCUCGCGAUCGUGUGAUCCCUAUGUUAAAUGCUACCUUCUACCUGAUCCAGGCAGGUCAUCCAAGCGCCGCACAACAAUCCUGAAGCGUACCGUCAACCCAGAAUUUAACGAGACGUUUGUGUACGGCGUGGAUGCCCGCAGGUUGAUGGCCAGUACGCUAGAUAUCAGCGUGUGGGACUACAACUACGCUACACGUAACUCCUUGAUAGGCUGUGUACGGCUCAAUGCAACGUCAGGUCCGGAAGUGAGUCAGUGGCUGGAUGCCAUGUACACGCCGAACGAGACCUUUACCGUCUGGCACAACAUCAAACCGAAAGCAAACCAGUUCAAGGUGACUGACUUAUGACUCGAUUUUCGGCAUGACCACUACGAUGUGAAAAGUCUUCUACUGCAGCUGCAGCCUGAGCUGCUCUGCAGCCUACUGCGACCUUUAGUUGAGACUAUUGUACAGAUGGAGCUGACCAACACCCAGCAUACCCCUCUACAUCUUGAGCAGCUCUGAUCUACUUGAACUAUAACAACAUGGCAUAUAAGUUACAUGAGGAGAUUCUUGAUCUUAAUUAAUAUCUAUUCCAUUUGUUGACAAAGACGUUUUCUGUUUUAGCAUUACUUAAUGCAACGCGAGAGAGAUACUUCUUUUUAGACAUGCAUUCCUGCCAUCAACUCUGGGCAGUGUUCAAAUUUCCAUAACCAUUCCAUUCCAUUUGUUCUUUCAUGAGUAAGAAAUAUACCAUGAGAAAUACAUUCCUCAAGAUUACUUAAA